CGAGAGAGAGAGAGGGGGGGGUCGCGUUUCGUGGUUCCGCCAUCUUCAAAAGCAAAGUAAAACGUAAUUUGUACCCUUUUCUGCUUCGUCUUUCCCUUCCCAACAACACCUUCACCAUCUUCAUCAUCAACAUAGUCACCACCACCAUUAACAUAACCCCAUAAAACUAUUUUUUUUUCAAAAAUAAAAAUAAAAGACUGUUCCAGAGAGAGAACUGAAAAACACUAGCAGAUCCAUUCAUCUUCUCCACCCCACCUUCAAAAACCUCUCCUUUCUCCAUUUUUUGUUAAUAAUCCUCAAAACCCUAGUCCUCGCGCAAUCCAUACGUUGUGAUCUACCUUUUUUUGUCUCUCUUAUGUCUGGGAUGUAUUCGUAUCUGGGUCUAUUCCUGUGCUUGCUUUCUGUGUGCUCCGCCGCAACCUCGUUUUCUUCACGGCGUGUGAUCCUUCGAGAGGUCAACGACAAUGGUGGUGAUCAUGCUGAUUACGCUGUUGAGCUGAAUGUUACCAAUUUCGAUGCUGUUCUGAAGGAUACCCCUGCUACUUACGCUAUUGUUGAGUUCUUUGCCCAUUGGUGCCCUGCUUGCAGGAAUUAUAAGCCUUACUAUGAAAAGGUCGCAAGGUUAUUUAAUGGCCCUGAUGCAGUGCAUCCAGGAAUCAUACUAAUGACAAGGGUAGAUUGUGCAUUAAAGAUAAAUACUAAACUAUGUGAUAAGUUUUCUGUUGGUCAUUAUCCCAUGCUUUUUUGGGGACCUCCUACUAAGUUUGUUGGUGGUGGUUGGGAACCUAAACAAGAGAAAAGCAGUAUACGUGUGAUUGAUGAUGGACGCACUGCUGAUCGGUUGCUUAAUUGGAUCAACAAACAACUAGGCAGUACAUACGGCCUGGAUGAUCAGAAGUUUGAAAAUGAGCAUCUUCCAUCCAAUAUAUCAGACUCUGAACAGGUUGCAAGAGCUAUCUAUGAUGUGGAAGAGGCAACUUCUACAGCAUUUGACAUCAUUCUAGAGCACAAGAUGAUAAAACCAGGAACUCGGGCUUCAUUAAUAAGAUUUCUUCAGCUUCUGACAGCUCAUCAUCCUUCUAGGAGAUGCCGGAAGGGUACUUCAGAAUUACUUGUGAGCUUUGAUGACUUGUACCCAGCAGAUUUUGAAACACCUAAUAGGCUGGAUGAUGAUAAGGGUUCCGUUAAGAACAUAAAGAUAUGUGGAAAAGAUGUGCCUCGUGGAUACUGGAUGUUCUGCCGUGGCAGUAAGAAUGAGACCAGAGGUUUUAGGUAUUGCUUCCCCUUGUUCUUAUUAUCAUGCAAAUAUGUGUAUAUACCAAGGGUGGACCUUAACUAUCUAAGUGACAUUGGAUUCUGCAUUGACUGCUCUCUUUGGGCUUUUUUACAGUUUGGUUAACAUUUUUACAGGAUGUGUUCAAGUGUUUCUAGUCCUUUCAACAAAGCCCGUGACUAUGCUCUCUGGUUGUGGAGCACCCAUAAUAAGGUCAAUGAAAGGUUGAUGAAAGAAGAAGCUUCUCUUGGCACUGGUGACCCGAAAUUCCCAAAGACAAUUUGGCCUCCAAAGCAACUCUGCCCUUCCUGUUAUCUAGGCAUUGACCAGAAGAACAAUAAAAUCGAAUGGAACCAGGAUGAGGUCUUCAGGUUUUUGACUAAUUAUUACAGAAACACACUUACUGCUCUAUACAAGGACAAGAGCAUUGUUGGAAAUGAUGAGGCUGAGGUAGCCGUUGAAGAUCUGAUCGUCGCAAAUAACGCAAUCGUGGUGCCUCUGGGAGCUGCAUUGGCAAUAGCUUUUGCCAGCUGUGCUUUUGGCGCACUUGCUUGCUACUGGCGUUCGCGGCAAAAGAGUCGGAAGCCAAGGAGAACAUGGAAAUAGGUAUAGAAGACAUGUACACAGAAGAGAUUGGGUGCAUAUCAGCUCCUUCUGAGAGCCUUGACAAAGUGUCCAUUUUGAAUCCAUACUUGCUUGAUUGAUGUACAGAACACAAUUCUUGCUUUUUUAGAUCAUUAUUGAUCUAUGCUACCUUCUUUCACUUUCUUUUUGGGUUGAGCUCACAUCUUGUCUAAUGUGUGGAAGUUGGGAGAAAGUAGCAAAUGACUUGUAACAUUUUUGCUGUGUAAUUUUGAGUUAUUUUGUACUAUCAAAGUAACUAUAAGCUAUAAGCCAGAAUUGCAUCACAUAUGAUUCACUUUUUAGCAAACACUUGAAUGAAAUCACAGGAUCUCAUGAAAUGGAUAGGCCGUAUUACUUUUAAGAGAAACUAACUGGUUUUUUAAGAGAAACUUGUAGUGUUUUAGUAUGAAAAUCCGGGUAAUGGAAAUUUCACAAGCUUUGUUGUAA